AUGAGGCUCAUUCUAUCUGGCACCUCUUGUUUUAGGUUUGUUGCAGACGGUGUAUUUUUUGCUGAGCUGAAUGAGUUUUUUACACGUGAGCUUUCUGCUGAAGGUUAUUCUGGUACAGAAGUCCGUGUGACGCCUAGUAGAACAGAAAUUAUUAUUCGUGCAACACAUACUCAGGAUGUUCUUGGAGAAAAAGGAAGGCGUAUUCGUGAAUUAACAUCUCUCAUUCAGAAGCGAUUCAAGUUUCCAGAAGGUAGUGUUGAACUUUACGCAGAAAAAGUUCAAAAUCGGGGACUCUGUGCAGUUGCACAGUGUGAAAGCUUAAGAUACAAAUUGCUGGCUGGUUUGGCUGUUAGACGGGCUGCAUACGGUGUUUUAAGAUUCAUUAUGGAGUCUGGUGCCAAGGGAUGUGAAGUUGUUAUUUCUGGCAAACUUCGUGCUGCUCGUGCAAAAUCAAUGAAGUUUACCGAUGGAUUCAUGAUUCAUUCAGGUCAGCCUUCACGUGAUUUUAUUGAUUCUGCAACACGACAUGUAUUACUUCGACAAGGUGUUUUGGGUGUAAAAGUUAAAAUUAUGUUGAGCGAAUCUAUGACACGCAAACCUUUGCCGGAUUCUGUUGUAGUUAUUGAACCCAAGCCCGAAGAACAGAUUGGUCAGCCAUCAAGUGAGGAUUUUUCUCGCCCAUUACCGUCUGAGUUGGCCCAGCAAACACUUUAUCGGGUCCAUCCACCCCAUUCCCAAGCCGAUGUCUAUUAG